GAAGAAGGAGUAAAUCACCCAGCAAUGCACGAGUGUUUUGUGUUGCUGUGCAAACUCUUGGCAAAGUUUGCUACAAGUAUGAUGUGAGAGGGAGUUGAAGACUCAGUCCCACCAGCCUUACUCCUCCUCUGCCACCACACAUCUGCUCCUGAGGAGAUGGGACACUGAUCAGGAGGAGAGCUCUUCAUGCCUCAGUCUGUAUGGCUGACUACACCAGAGCACUGUGAGGAGAGACGCCAAAAGGGGGAAAAAAAAAAAAACUUCAUCUGGAGAAUAUUCAUGUUUACCAUCUCCCAGGCUGAUUGUUCCCCUAAAUUUGGAGUGAUGUCCCAGUGCUGGUGCAGGCGGGUCCUGCUUUGUGUAGAACUGGGUAUACUGGUGGCAGUCCUGGCGGCCGGCAGUGCGGCUCAGUUACUUGAGAGGAGGCAAGCUGGGUCAUCGUGCUACGGAGGAUUUGACCUCUACUUUGUUUUGGACAAGUCUGGCAGUGUGCAGCAUUACUGGAAUGAGAUCUAUUACUUUGUUGAUCAUCUGACUCACAAGUUUAUCAGUCCUCAGCUGCGGAUGUCUUUUAUUGUAUUUUCAACAGAAGGAAGGACUCUCAUGGCUCUAACAGAAGACAGAGAUCAGAUUCGGGCCGGACUGGAGGAGCUAAGUAUGGUGCAGCCAGGUGGAGACACCUUCAUGCACAAAGGAUUUCAAAGGGCCAGCGAGCAAAUAUACUACGGGACGGGCGAUGGUUACCGGACAGCGAGCGUCAUCAUUGCCCUGACGGACGGCGAACUGAGAGAAAAUCAGUUUGACCUGGCUCAAAGAGAGGCCGGCAGAGCGCGCCAGCUGGGUGCCACUGUUUACUGUGUGGGAGUAAAAGACUUCAAUGAAACUCAGCUUUCAACGAUAGCUGACAGCAAGGAUCAUGUCUUCCCUGUGAAUGAUGGAUUUCAAGCGCUGCAAGGGGUCAUUGACUCGAUCCUGAAGAGAUCAUGCAUUGAAAUUCUGGCUGUAGAGCCCUCCAGCAUCUGUGAAGGAGAAUCCUUCCAGGUGGUAGUGAAGGGAAAUGGUUUCCUUCAUGCCCGAGACGUGCAGAAAGUCCUCUGCAGCUUUCGCAUCAAUGACACCGUUACUUUGAUGAAAAGACCUUUGGUGGUGAGAGAUACGUACCUUUUGUGCCCGGCUCCUGUUCUGGAAAAAGAGGGAACGUCUGCCACGCUCCACGUCAGCAUGAAUAAUGGCCUGAGUUUCAUAUCUAGCUCUGUCACAAUUACUGCAGUUGCUUGCUCUGACGGGACCUUUGUGGCCAUCGCUCUUCUCAUCCUGCUGCUCCUGCUGACCGUCGCUCUGCUGUGGUGGUUUUGGCCUCUCUGCUGCACUGUGGUCAUUCACGAGCCACCUCCACCAGUAAUAGAGGAUAGUUCUGAUGAUGAGGAUGGUUUUCCGAAGAAGAGGUGGCCCACAGUAGAUGCAUCGUACUACGGAGGCCGUGGGGUUGGGGGCAUCAAGAGAAUGGAGGUUCGUUGGGGAGAUAAAGGAUCAACUGAAGAAGGAGCCAAACUGGAAAAGGCUAAAAACGCUCGUGUUGUGUUGCCCGCACAGGAGUUCGAUCCUCCUCCACCGCGGCCUUACUAUAACACACACAAAUCUCCCCAAACCCAGAAGUGGUACUCUCCCAUCAAGGGCAAACUGGAUGCUCUGUGUGUAUUUCUGAGAAAAGGCUACGACAGAGUGUCUGUAAUGCGACCUUAUCCUGGAGACAAGGGCAGGUGCAUCAACUUCACCCGGAGUAAAUCCUACCCUGCUCCUCGCUAUCCCAUCUACAACCAUCCCGCCACUCCGGUCUACACUUUGCCCCACAGUUACCAGCGUCGUCUGUCAGAGGGCAAUGAGCUCUCCCAUUUGCCCCCCUCUCCAACUUCAACCCUUCCUCCCCUGCCGUCCACUCCUCCACCAUCCUCCACCAGCUCCCCCAUGUACACACCACCUCCAAACAGAGCCCUGCCCUCAACCAACAUCAGCUCUCUCUCUGCACCUCCGUCUCCUUCUGGCUCGCUGCCUCCUCCGCCUCAGGGCCCGCCUCCGUGUAGAGCGCCACCUCCAUCGCGGCCCCCUCCUCGACCCAGUCAUGACAACUACUGAUAGUUGAGGACCAAAACAUUGGAGGAUCCCAGAAAAGACCUUUUCAGUGUGUCUUUGUUUAAUCCAAUCCAAACAGAAAACAGUGACGGCUGCACCUGGUGAUUCAUCACCUGGUCAUGGCCCACACCUGCCAUGACGCCGUGACAUGAACUGUGACUUUUUUUUAAGUUUAGAAAGUGAAAUUUUUGUGUAAAGGAGCACAGCUUUGGCUAAUGGAGUUAAGCGUUCAUUUAGUUUUUAAGAAGUUUUGCUCUUCAAAGAUCAAAUCAGUUAAUUUGGUCAAACGCUGCAAAUUAGCAGAAAAAAUUUUAACUUUUGUCUUUAACCUAUCGCUACUUUGAACAGCAGAAACCCCAGUGGGUCAUCACAGGCCUCAUGUGUUUUAUACAUGAAAGUUGGUCCAGGAGGCAGCAUCUCGGAAAAUUUACAUUUUGUGAAUGAAUGUUCUUUAAAUCACAGAAACACUUACGCACACACAUUGUAUUUAAUGGAAGUUGAACAUUUUUUAUGCUAUGAGUAUUUUUGAGGUUUUCGGUUCAUUUUUUUUUUUCAAAAAGUGAACAGAGCCAGACAAGCUGUUUUGCUUCAAGUGUUUAUGCUAAGCUAAGCUAACUGCACCCUAGCAGCACAUUCAUCACACAGGUACGAGAGUGGAUUUGAUAUUCUCACCUAGCUUUCGGCAAGAAAACAAAGACGCAUAUUUACCACCGUUCAGAUUUAUCCUUUGCUGACACAAACAUCGGUUGCUGCACAGAAACUGGUCCACUAAAUGCCAUGAGUAUUAAUAUUCUCAUCUCUUCAAUAUUGAAAUGAUUUUUUUUUAACAGACCGGCGAUGUUCAAGUUUUCAGACACAGAGUUUGGCCGUGCUCGAGGCCGUUUAAGUUCUGUGACAAAUGUGACCUCUGGAAAGUCACUGUGCGACUGAUGCAGCUGGCAGAACAGCAGACUGAGAUUUGUUCAUACCAAUAUGAUGUGCAAUAAAUCACUUUAAAGAUAUCUUUCCUUUCCUUCUUUUGCCGGUGUUGUGUUUCAUCAGUGUCACAGCUUUUAUCUGAGGGUAGCUUUAACCUCAAAGGCCGUAGACACCCAUGCACGUAUGCACCUCUGCAAGCAUUUCAGCUCAUUCUGAAUGAAUAAAUGUUAAAAGUAAUCACUUUUGUUGUUUUAAAAAUAUUGAUCUUCAG